AUGACUCAAGUCGCUGCGUCUAAAAUUGAAUCAUGUCUGCCCAUCAGAACGAAGGGAACCAUAAGAAGAGGCCUAGUAAAAAUGCUUAUGAACUUGGAUGACAUUAUGAAGUCUUUCAAGAGCAGGGUGGAUCGGCUGGCUCAAGAUUGGGAAGCUAUCAACUCAUCACCGACUCAUUUAGGGGCAAAUGAGGACGAGUUGAAACUUUUCAAAAUGAAAUUGGAUAUGGUUCAGGAGCAGAAUGCAGCAAUCAUGAUCGAUCUAGAUUAUAUCAAGAAAAUAUUAGCUCUCGAUGAGUAUAGUCCCAGUAAUCCUUUUACACUUUUGAGUACUAACUCGGAUAAUUUGCAUAUACCCACGACGCCCGCUACGGAGCUGCAAAGACCACCGAGUACGCCACAGAGCGAGCCAACUCCACGCCGGCAUCGCAAUUUUGCUUCGACAAGAUCCUCAUUCUUUGCUCAUAAUCAGCUGGCGGGCUUGCCGACUCAGCACCCAGGCCCGAAUGUCAAUGCGAUUGAUGAUCUAUCUAUCGCUACGAACUUGGAGGGCGAACUGAGAGCCUUCAGGAAACCGCUGGUAAUGCCAACGACGGCAGUCAAUGUUCCUUUGGAAUCUCAGAUCUCGGAAGAGCUAGUGCAAAAUGUUGAAAUGACGAUCCCUACCUAUGAGGAUCUACACCCGCAAGAUGAGAGUGUCAGCCCCAGGGAUACCAGUCAACAGAUCAUAACGGGGAAAUUCCAUAACUCGAUCGUUAAGGAUGGAGCCAUGGCGAAUUUGGGCGCACCAGAAUCACAUGAAGCGGAGCACUAUGACUUAAAGGUCAUCGACAAUCCAAGCUCUGUGGCAGAGGUUUACCAUGAAUAUACCACAAGCUUGAAGGCUCAAAUUGAGGAAUUCGAGAGAUUAUUUGGAAAGGGCCAAUUAAGCAAGCUGCCCAAGAUAAGGACCUAUCAAAGAAGGAGAGCACUGGUGACCGAGAUUGACAAAUAUGCUACCACCUACGACAAAAGCACUCACGAAGCAAUUGAAUUCUUUGAAAAAGUGAGGAAGAGCAAGAAGAGAACCGUACCGGGACUCUACAACAACUUGGGCAAGAUAUUGAAAGAAUUAGAAAGAUCGGAGUUUAAUAACGAUUAG